AGGGCGCCAGGAGCAGCCUGCGCGAGCGCGGAGCGCCAAAGCUUGCUGCGUCCCGCGUCGGGAGGACGAGCAGGCUGCGCAACGCCAGGUCGCAGCCAUACGUCGGAUUGGCAGGUUCCGAUGCUGGUAGCACGGGUGGCGGGCUCACAGAGCAGGAGGGCCUUGGAGAGCCGGACGUCGACACCCUCAAGAUUAUCGGCCGUUACGGAGACGGUGCAGCAGGAGGAGGAGCAGUUGGCCAUGCAGAAACGGUCGGUGUCGCAGGCCGCCGCUCAGGAUGGAGGCGAAGACGGGGAAAUUGCAGCAAAGGAGAAUCAGUCCCAGGAGCUGGAGCAGAAGCUGGACGCGAAGAGCUUCGUGAAGGAACCUGCGGAGACAGUGGCGGCCGAGAAGAUCGUGAAGGAGAUCGUGAAGGUGCGGUGGGCCGAGGACGUCGAGGCGAUGUUCGCGAAGGCCAUGGCGAGUGCCCCGCCGUGGCAGCGCGUCGACCCCGAUGGCAUGGAGUACGAUCGUUUCUCCAAGCGUCGCUCCCGCGAGAGACUGGCCGAGGAGGCGUGCAACGCAGCCACGUGGAGAGCAAGGCUGGGCAGCCGGAGCAAGUCGCAUCCGCGGUGCUCUUCGGUGAGUUCGUUUUUCUGCACUCGGCUGGGUCAGGCGUUGGGGGCCCGCUAUUCCCCCUUCGAUUGUGUCUUCGGUACGUGGUCACUCUGCCUUUGCAGGAGUGGGGGCGUAACCCUCGUCGGUGUGCGCGGCUUCGACGGCUGAGCGGGUGGGUGCGGCGUGGAGGCUCGUGUCCUCCUGCUGGCGCCGCAAGCCGAGUCGCGAAGUUGCCCCAGCAUUUUGCGUCGUGGGGAGGCCCCGUCGGUGCC